AUUAUUCAGCUCCACCUGCCAGGCUGAUUAAUUUUGUGUGCUGGGUCCAUCACGACGAAUUUACUUUAAGAAACCUGUCUAAAGAUUGCCCAGUCAUUUUAUUUUAAAGCCAACCUGUCAGUAACCGGUACACGCUCACUUGUCUACCAAGCUGUCCUUUGUCAGUAUGACCAGGCAGUGACCGUGACCCUUUACCGUGUGAGCGAGUUCCCUCCCCAGGAUCCCCCAUGUGCAUCAUCUUCUUCAAGUUCGACCCUCGCCCAGCCUCCAAAAAUGCGUACAGGCUCAUUUUGGCUGCCAACCGAGACGAGGUGUACAGCCGGCCGUCCAAGGCCGCCGAUUUCUGGGGGAGCGGCAGCGAGAUCCUCAGCGGGCUGGACCUGGAGGAAGGGAAGGUGGGCGGGUCCUGGCUGGGGAUCAGCAAGAGAGGAAAGCUGGCGGCCCUGACCAAUUACAUGGAGGCAAAGACCAAUCCCGAUGCACAUGGAAGAGGGUUCUUGGUCUCGAACUUCUUGACGGAGAACAUGGACAGCUGCUCUUACCUGCGGAAGGUGUCCUCGGAGGGCCACCUGUACAACGGAUUCAACCUGCUGACUGCGGAGUUCAGGGCUAAAGAAGCAACAGUUUGUUACUAUGGAAACAAAGGCCACAGCGAACCCAUCAGUCUCAAACCAGCAGGAAUCUACGGGCUGAGCAACUCCCUCCUGGACACCCCCUGGAAGAAGCUGCUGCGUGGAAAGCAGGACUUCACCAGCACCGUGAGCAAGAACCUCCCGUCGGACAGCCUGGUCCAGGAGUUGCUCCACAUCCUCAACAACGAGGAGCUGAACACGCCGGACCCGACUCAGGAGCUGCAGGGGGAAGGAUACACCAGCUCCGUGCUCCGCGCUGUGUCCGCCGUCUGCGUUCGCUGCCCGGGGUAUGGCACAAGGACCAACACCGUGAUCCUCGUCGACGCGGCGGGGAACGUGAGCUUCACCGAGCGCAACAUGGCGAACUGCGACGUCGGCCAGUGGAGCACGCGCUCCUUCCAAUUCAAACUCCUGGACUGAGGGCCGAGGGGGUCGCGGGGAACGAACCGUGCCUUUCUGCCACUCCCCCCAACCGUCAGUACAGCCCCCCAAAUGGUGCAGUGCACAUGAAUUUUUUUUUUUUUCUUCCCCAUUUGAUAAUGAUGUUGUGAGGGGGAAAAAGAGGUUGAUACUGGAGAUUGUAUUUUUGAAGAAAGUGGGCCUCAUUCAUGAAACAUGCGUACGAUCACAUUUGAUUGUAAACCGUAUGUACGACGUUUCCAAGAACAUUUAGGCAUUCUUUUUUUUUUUUUUUUUCUUAUUUGUAUUUGUCCAUGGCUGUUUUCUUAUGCAAAUCACAUGAACAGGAUUGUGCAUAAUGUUUACAAACAGUCAGCAUUCAUCGUCUCACACACCUGGGAUGUGCACAAAAACAAAGGUCUCCACAUGUGUCAUGAAUCCCAUAUUGGUUUUUUGUAUAAACCUUUUUAAGAACCAAACUAAUAAUAAUUUAGAAGUUUUGUGAAUGAGGCCCAAUGUCUUUGUUGAGGCUCAGAUGUAAAACGGAAGGUUGCGUAUAAAAGCAUUGUGCACACAGACGCACGCAUGCACACACACACAUACGCAAGGAGAGACACAUUAUAACUGCCGGGGUCAUUCUUUUUCAGCUGUUGGACCCAUGUAUUUUAUUUCAUUUUUAAAAAUAUCCUCAGUUUGGAAUGCCUAAGUAUGUUUUUCACAGUGCGUAUUGCUGCAACCUCUGCACAGGCCAGCAUGUGAUCCUUCUUAAUCAUACCACAGUUCCCAAGUUGGGCUUGUGCAGAUCUGAGUGAGAGAAAGGCACUGUGUGCAGCUGAACAGGCCAACAUGAUGCACGUGUCUGAUCGACCUGCGGGGGGCACUGGUGUGCACUGAGGCAUAAUCUUCCUGACCAACUGAAACCCUCCCAUCCCUGGGGUGACGAUUUACCAGACCCAUUUUUUUAAUGUGAAGAAAUUAUCCAGGUUAAGAUGUAGCAAUCACUAUUUUAAUCUGUAAAUGAUUUAUCAUUAUUAUUAUAAUUAUUAUUGUACAUCACUGUCGUAAAUGGUUUCCUUUAAUAUUUCAAUUAAAAAUGAGAGAACUGCCGAAAA